CGAGUCACAGACGCACAAGAUUCGAGUUAUCAUUUACGAUGACUAGUAGACGUCUGACGAAGGCUUAUGUUUUUCAAGUUGGUCCGUGUUAAUGCAAGAGAGUAAAUUUGUGCAGCAUCGAAUUUUGUAAAUAACUUUUGAUAUUGAACUUGAAAGUGUUGAUGUCGGAGAAACUACUAAGACAUGGAGAGCACUGAGCAACUACCAAUGGAUGAUGACAAUAAAACUGGAUGUGGCAAUGACACAGGGGAAUUUGAGAAAAAGAAACAUAGACAUAGAAUGAAGGGACUGCUGAGGAGUAUCAGAAACCAGAUGGAGUUUUAUUUUGGGGAUGCCAAUAUCAACAAAGACCGGUUUAUGAAACAGCAUCUUGAUAAUGCACCAGAUGGCUAUCUUCCCCUUUCUCUGUUUCUAAAAUUUGCCAAAAUACUCAAGUUAACAAGCUCUGUGGAAAUCAUGGCAAAGGCACUGAGAAAAUCGGAUCUGCUGGAAGUCAGUGAAGACAAAACCAAAGUCCGAAGAACUCGGCCGGUUCAUUACAUGACUGAGAAAGAGGUUGAUGAAAGGACUGUAUAUGUGGAAGGAUUACCACCUUCUACAGACCAUGAUUGGGUUUCUCAGUGCUUCUCUUCUUGUGGCAAAGUUGCGUAUGUCAGCCUACCUCGGUACAGAACUACUGGAGAUAUAAAAGGCUUUGCCUUUGUUGAAUUCGAGACGCCAGCGGAGGCUGCCAAGGCUAUUGAAAAAAUGAAUUAUACCCCAGAGAGAGAAGAGGAACUUCACAAGGUGGCAAACAUCAAGCCAAGUAAAAACCUUAAGUACUGGAAGAAGCGAGCUCUAAAGGAAGGUAUUGAUCCAGAGAAGGAGCAAGGUGAUAACAGCAUGCAUGCAACAAAUUACAAAGACAGCAAAACAAAUGCAGAAAAAGAACAGCAAAGCAAAAAGAAGAAGCGAAAACGACGGACAAAUGAUUCAGGAACAGAAGAAAGUGAGCAGCCCAUGAAAAGAGCUAAAAGAUGUGAUGGGGAGAAUUCAGAAAAUUCUGAAAACGUGUCAGGACUGCCUUGUGAUGAGAGACAGGAAGUUGGUGCUUCAGGGAGUACAACGGAACACAAAAGCUGUGAGGAUGAUACAGUUAUUGUAAAGGAUGUUACACAAGAGGCUCAGGACGAAUCCAAACAUGAAUCAAAGGGAUCUAGUGGCAGAAGCACAGAGUCAUUGUCAGAGCAGUCACCUCGGAAACGGAAACGUAAGAGGGAAUCACCUGCAGCAGAACUUGGAUUAGAGUGUGAAACUGAUUUGGUGAAGAAGACAAAGGUGAUAGAAGAGACUGAGGAAAAUAUAUUGCAAGACACAAAAAAAGGAAAAAAAUCUGACGAAGAAACAGAAAAAGAGCAGAAUGCAAAGAAGAAAAAGCUAAAAAUAAAACAAACCACCAAGAAGUUGUCUGAGCAACCUGCAUUCAAAGAAGUUGAUAGCAGGAAAGGCAAACGGAAGAGUACAGACAAAAGUGAGGCAGAUUGUGCUAAGAAAAGCAAAAGUGAUCCAUCAGACAAAAUGGAAGAAAUGAAUGCUAAAGAUGGGGAGAUAAAUAAACAAAAACGAAGGAAAAGGAAGAAACUGAAGAAAGAGCCACCCAGGUUGAGAGUUAUAUCAAAGAAUGAAUGGUCUAGACUUAAACGCCAGUAUCUGGAUCAGCAGCGAGCCAGUAUGGCAAGUCUCAAGCAGCAGCUGCACAGCAUAUGCAGCAGUAUUGCACAGGGUACAGAACAUCAGGUGAUGCGUGCAGAUGCUGGGGAUCAAAAGUCAGGUCCAAGUCUUCGUUCAGCACCUGAGUUUCAGCCCAAUGUUAUUGUUGAAGUCAAGAGUGAAGACCCCAUGUCACACAAACAGCUAAAGCAACGAAUUCAGUCUGACAUUAAAGUUGCAUACAUUGAUGUAAAAGACAACAUGCUUCAUGGGUACAUACGCUGCAAAGAUGCUGAAAGUGCUCAGAAGCUUGUAGCUUCCAAUCUCACUGGCUGUACGCUGCAUCUUGUGCAAGGUGAAGAUGGAAAGAAAGUACUGGAAUCAAAUGCAACUAGACAGAGAAACCAAGCGGGCCAACACCAAAAGGCCGAAGAAAAAAGGAUCUGUAAAACUUUUAGAAAAAGCACAGAAUGUUAUGUUGGAAUCCAUGAAGAAGAGCCACAUCUUAUUUGAAGAGGACUGGUCAGAACGACAAGCCGAAAGACAUGACGAGGAAAAUGGUUUCAAAGCUCAGGCUUCAAUUUUGUGACUGAAAAAUUCGUGACAGCACAAGAAGUUUCUUUGCUUUAUCGUUGCCUUCUAGAGUAUUGUCAAACUUGAUUGAUAAGUGAUUUAAGUAUGAACAUCUGUUGCUGCUUUUUUUUUUAACAUUAGUCAGUUGAAAAUAAUGUUUUCACUUUAUGUUGGUUUGACUUGAUGUCACCAGAAAAUCAACUUGCUUUUUCAAUAAGGUAUUUUAAAAUUACCUUGAAGUUGAAUUGUUACAAAUUUUUGGAAAAAAAGUUACAAAUAUU